CUCAGGCCCCGCGGAGCAGGAGGCUCCGGCGGGUACGCCCCGCCGCCUAGUAAGCGCCCGGGCGGCGCGGCCCGGGCCGAACCAUCACACCGAGCCCUAGGAGAACGGGGAGAAGUGACCGCAGAGGCAGCCUGGGAGUCAGACGUGGCUCAGGCAGGGAGAAGAAAAGGGUAGCCAGUCAAGAGCCGAGACUGGAGGCUGUGAAGCUUCGGCCACACAGAUUGUCCUCGGGAUCCCGUGGCUUUAGACCUGGGGCUGUCAGCGGCCUGUGAUCCCCCAUCGUGGGAGACUGAGGCUCGGAGAGGGUGAGCCACGUGCCCAAGUUCACAGAGGCCAGGCAGGAAGGGAACCACCAACCUUGGAUGUCUCAUGCUGCUAAGACAGCCGGGACCAGCCACCGGGGCCCUGUCUGCUCCCCCACUCUUCUUCCUGGCUGCCGUGGCCCAGCCCACAGAGGCCAGACCCUGCUGCGACAGAGGUGCACAGCCACACCUCAGCCUUCUGUGGUGGAACUUCCUGCUGCACACGCCUUUCUUCCCCAAGGGCUUGGGGGCUGGGCCCGGGACACAUCAGGCAGGGGCUGCCGUGCACGAAGCUGGAGGCUGCCCGUUGGAGGCUGGCAGACCCGGGUUUGAAUUCCAGCCCCGAACCCUGCCUCGUUGAGUGACCCCGAGCAAGUCUCAUCCCCUCCUGGAGCCUCGGUUUCCUCAUCUGCAAAAUGGGGGUGACAGUGGGGUCUGCCUCCCAGGAUAGCUGAGUGGAGUCAGUGAAAUGCUCUGGAGAAGACCCCACCCAGCUCCUGGCUCACACUAGGGGCUCCAAAGUGACACCAGAAGGUGCGGAGGCCCAGGGCUCGGUACCCGGCAGAGCCCGGCACGCUUUGAGGAAGCCCAAGUGGGAGAAUGAACCAGUGACUGAGUGAGGCAGUGAUGGAGGCUGGGGAACAUCCUGGGCGGGGCCAGACAGAGCCUGAUUGAUGGCUCCGGGAGGCUAGUCUGCCCCCUACUGCCUGGCUUUUGCCCCAGAGCUUCUGCCAUCAGCUUCCAAGAGUUCCAGAAAGUACCCUGGUGUCUGAGAUGCCGCUGCCUCAGAGGAAACGCUGGGAGUCCAUGGCCAAGGGGCUGGUGCUGGGAGCACUCUUCACCAGCUUCCUGCUGCUGCUGUACUCGUAUGCGGUGCCCCCGCUGCACGCUGGCCUGCCCUCUGCCAGGACCCCGGAAGGCGUAGCAUCCUGCUCCCCAGCCCCGGGUGAGGCAGAGGCGGCCGCCACUGCUAACGGCUCGUCCGGAGGGUGCCAGCCACGGCGGGACAUCGUGUUCAUGAAGACGCACAAGACCGCCAGCAGCACGCUGCUCAACAUCCUGUUCCGCUUCGGCCAGAAGCACGGGCUCAAGUUCGCUUUCCCCAAUGGCCGCAACGACUUCGACUACCCGGCCUUCUUCGCCCGCAGCCUGGUGCAGGACUACCGGCCGGGGGCCUGCUUCAACAUCAUCUGCAACCACAUGCGCUUCCACUACGAGGAGGUCCGGGGCCUAGUGCCGCCCAAUGCCACCUUCAUCACCGUGCUGCGCGACCCCGCCCGCCUCUUCGAGUCCUCCUUCCACUACUUCGGCUCGGUGGUGCCCUUCACCUGGAAGCUCUCCGGCCGGGACAAGCUGGCCGAGUUCCUGCAGGACCCCGACCGCUACUACGACCCCAACGGCUACAACGCCCACUACCUCCGCAACCUGCUCUUCUUCGACCUGGGCUACGACAGCGGCCUGGACCCCCGCAGCCCGCAGGUGCAGGAGCACAUCCUGGAGGUGGAGCGCCGCUUCCACCUGGUGCUCCUGCAGGAGUACUUCGACGAGUCCCUGGUGCUACUCAAGGACCUGCUGUGCUGGGAGCUGGAGGACGUGCUCUACUUCAAGCUCAACGCCCGCCGCGCCUCGGCCGUGCCCCGCCUGUCAGGGGACCUGUACCGGCGCGCCACGGCCUGGAACGUGCUGGAUGCCCGCCUCUACCGCCACUUCAACGCCAGCUUCUGGCGAAAGGUGGAAGCGUUCGGGCCGGAGCGCAUGGCCCGCGAGGUGGCCGCCCUGCGGCGUGCCAACGAGCGCAUGCGGCGCAUCUGCAUCGACGGGGGCCACGCGGUGGACGCCGCCGCCAUCCAGGACUCGGCCAUGCAGCCCUGGCAGCCGCUGGGCGCCAAGUCCAUCCUGGGCUACAACCUCAAGAAGAGCAUUGGGCAGCGACACGCACAGCUCUGUCGCCGCAUGCUCACCCCCGAGAUCCAGUACCUGAUGGACCUCGGCGUCAACCUCUGGAUCACCAAGCUCUGGAAGCUCGUUCGAGACUUUCUGCAGUGGUAACAUCCUGCCCACCCAGCGGCCCACCCCACCUGCUCACUUGAUGAGGAGGGGCCAGGCAGGGACCUUCCCCGACCCCCUCCUGGUGCCACCUCGGUCCCCGAGGUAAGGUGGGGCUGCCGUGGGGAUGCAGGUGGCCAGGACUGGGCCCGAGGCGUGCAGAGAGGGCCUGAGAUCAGCGUUUGAUUCAUUAUACAGUUUUUAAAAGUAAAUCCCCCUUCCUGUUUCUACUUCCUGCCUCCCCUUAAAGGGGAGACUUCAGAAGUAAAGGCAUUUGAUGUUGUGUUUUUGUUAA